GCGGCUGCUAGUAUCCAGAAACCCUACUGCCCUGAAACAAACGUUUCAUUCAAAUCCCGAGACAUACAAACUCACAACCAACUGCCAACUGACUAGAAUUAGACAGUCGAGUGGCUAGACCUCCAUCCAUUGGACAUUACCGAACACCUGGAACCGUACCGAAAGAACAAGAAUCGAGCGCGAAGAAAUCAAAUUGGUUUACACUAGCUCGUGAAAAAGAUAUUGGAUAUUGGAUAUUGGAAGCUACUUUCAAGGGCACUAUACACAUUCAAACCUGAGUCAUCUGUUGUUUCUUUUGUCGCUUUUGUUGAUAAUAGGCUAUGUUUCGGUUAAAAUGUGCCUUUCAAACGUAUGAUUGGGGUAAAUUUGGUGAAAAAAGUGAGGUUUAUAAGUUGUUGAGUCAAGCCCAAGAGCUAGAUAUCUUGAGGCCGUAUGCAGAGCUUUGGAUGGGGACUCAUGUUUCUGGACCAUGUUUCUUGACGGAUAGUCCUUCAAUAUCGCUGGAUACUUACAUUUCAAAAAAUCCGCACUGUCUGGGCUCCUCAGUGUCUAAAAUGUUUGGCAAAUCUCUACCCUUUCUGUUCAAAGUCCUCUCUGUGCGGAAGGCGCUGUCUAUCCAGGCUCAUCCAGACAAGGAGUUUGCUGUUAAAUUGCACGCCAGUAGACCUGACGUGUACAAAGAUGCUAAUCACAAACCAGAACUAGCUAUCGCCUUAACACCUUUUGAGGCAAUGAUUGCUUUCAGACCAUCUGAAGAAAUUGGCGCCUUUGCAAAACACAUCCCAGAACUUCAUUCAAUUAUCGGUCCGAAUUUUACAAAUGACUUGUUAAAUGUAUCCAUGGUAGAUGAGACACUUACUUCCGCAUCAAUUAAGGCUGCUUACUCUUGUUUAAUGAAUGCUGAGCCUAGCGUUGUUAGUAAUUUAGUGGAAACUUUAAAAACACGUUUAAACAAUGGUGAAAAGAUCAAUAUUCCACCUUUUAAAAAUUACCGUCUUGAUACAGACACUCUUGGCGAGGUAUUUAUUCGUUUAGCGACAGAUUAUCCUGGAGAUGUUGGUUGUUUCAGUUUGUUCUUUUUUAAUUAUGUCAAACUUAAUCCAGGUGAAGCAAUUUUUCUUGAAGUGAGUGAAAAAAAAAUUGUUUGUUUACUUUUGAAUUAUAUUUUUGUCGAAACUAAAAUAAUUUUAAAUAGAUUUGAAUGCAAAUGUUUAGUUAAUUGA